AAAAUCAGUCGAUCGCGCGCGCAUUAAUUUUCCUGUCUUCGCACGAAGCCAUUGCAUUACAUUAGUAUAUUAUAGUAUAACAUUAUUAUAUUACAGUACAUUAGUAUUUAUUAGUAUUUAUUAUGGCUGUAGUAUGGUGGGUAUUUCAAGUUGCAAACGAAGAAGAAGAAAGAAAUUUAAGGAUACAAAGGAAAAUCUAAUCCUUUUGAGAUAUUGGAGAGUCAAUUUAUUCUUUUAUAUCGACUAUCAAAAGAUGCUACAUUGGCAUUGUGCGAACAGUUACGUCCCCAUGUGCAUCCACCUGUUAGAGUGACAGCUAUACCAUUAGAAUUAAAAGUACAAAUAUUGGCAUCUUUAAGUUUUUUAAGUUCUGGAUCAUAUCAGAGAAGAAUUGGACAAGAUUUUUUAACUUCUAUGUCUCAAUCGUCAAUUAGUGGUGUAAUACAUCAAAUUGUAUCUGCCAUCAAUAUGAUAAUGCCACAAUGGAUAAAAUUUCCUACACAACCAAAUAAAAUACAGGCUAUUCAGCAACAGUUUUGAAUUAAUGCAAAUUUUCCAUAUGCGAUAGGAGCUAUUGAUGGCACACAUAUAGCAAUUAGGCCACGUGAAAAAUAUAGAGAACAUUUAUAUAUUAAUAGAAAAUUAUACCAUUCAUUAAAUAUCAUGAUUAUUAGUGAUUAUAAUGGUGUAAUAUUAGCAGUAAAAGCAAAUCAUGGCGGCUGUACACAUGAUGUAAGAGUUUGGGCCUCUUCUCAAUUAUCAGCAUAUAUGUUAAGAGAACAUGAAAAUGGAAGACGAAAUGUGUGGUUAAUAGGAGAUGCAUAUCCUCUGUUACCAUAUUUAAUGACUCCUAAAUUGAAUCAAGUACCAGGAUCUCCAGGUGCUUUAUAUACAGACUGCCAUAUUAGGGCUCGAUUUUCAGUAGAAAGAGCAAUAGGAGUCUUAAAAGGGCGAUGGAGAUAUUUGCGCAAAGAAAGAGCUUUAAAUUAUGUGCCAAAAUUUGCAGCAUGGAUAGUAAAUGCAACAUGUGUAUUACACAAUAUUGCUAAACAGUAUAAUGUUCCAGAGGAUGAUGUAUACAGAGAAGACGAUAUAGAAGAAGAAAACAUUGACAUAAGGAAUAACAACAUGGUUGCAAGAGGAAAUGCUGUUCGAGAAAGAAUAAUACAAAUAUAUUUUAAUUGACAUUAAUUAUGUAUUAUAUUU